UGCAGCACAACGAAAAACUGACGAGCCGGAUCUGACACUUGUUUGGCUUGAAAGGCGUCUAGAAAACAUGAAGAAGCACCAAAGCCCCGCUAAGCUGGCGGCGGAAGUGCGCGUGCCAGAAGGCGAGGCUACCGUGCAGCAACUCAAUGAGCUUUUGUCCGACGGCAGCGGUUUCUACAGUUUACCAGCGCAACAUUUCAAUGAGGUGUUUCCUAGGAUUUACAUCGGUAAUGCGUUUGUGGCCCAGAAUGUGAUGCGUCUGCAGCGGCUUGGCAUCACACACAUACUAAACACAGCAGAAGGCAACUCCUUCAUGCACGUGAACACCAAUGCUGAGUUCUAUGCAGGAAGUGGGAUCACAUACCAUGGCAUAAAGGCCAAUGACACAGAACAAUUUAACCUCAGUGCCUUCUUUGAGGAAGGGGCCGACUAUAUCGAUAAGGCUUUGGCACAUGCAAAUGGAAAAGGAAAAGUGUACGUUCACUGUCGAGAAGGCUACAGCCGCUCCCCGACUAUGGUCAUUGCUUACCUCAUGCUGCGCCAUAAAAUGGAUGUGCGAGUGGCGACAGCUACAGUAAGGCACAAGAGAGAAAUCGGGCCCAAUGAUGGCUUCUUGCGCCAGCUAUGCCAACUCAAUGAGAAGCUGGCCAAAGAGGGCAAGCUGAAGAAUAAAUGAUAGACAACACAUCUAUCACUCCUCUGGUGCCAGAGAUUUGUCUGGUGAAAAUAUCUUACCAGGCUAGCACCCCCCCAUUCUUUCUCUCUCUCUCUCUCUCACACACACACACAGAGCUAAAAGGCAGAUACAUAUUAACAGAAUUGUUAAACUGUUAGUCUCGAAACACACACACACACACAGAGACAGUGCAUAGGUCUACAAAUCUAGAAUUGUCUAUGAUAAAUAUCCUGCUUCUCUACCUUUUUUUAUUUGAUCACAGUUUCCCACAGUAAUGUAUGUAGCCACAUGUAAAAUAAUUCUAUUUAAUAUAUUUUACAAUAUAUUUAUAUUUUGCAAUAUAUUAUAUAACUUAUUGAAAAUAUUACAGUAUAUUCCAUUUACUUGUGGAAUGUGAAACACUUCUGCUGCCAUCUGUUUGUACAUCUAGCAUCUUUGGAGCUCUUUAGCCCAGUGUGCAUACAAUGGUGAAAUUUAGAGCACAGUCACGCUAUAGUCUCCCACUGCCGGAUUUUUCACAGUGAUCGAUCCCAUUCCAUUUUAUAUGUGGUUCUACAUGGAGGAAUUUCAAACGAUGCAGAGUGUACACAUACCUCUGUGGAAAAAGCACCAAAAUUACACUUAGAAUUAAUGAUAGAAUAUUGAUUUAGCUCAUUGCAGCUGAUACUACCGACUGAUAUUUCCAUCAGUGCACACUGAAUGAGGUUUAGACAACUGACAGGUCAUGUCAGCAUUGCUUUUUUGUACCAUAGCUUCACACAUGUGAAGCAAGUAUUGUUCAGCUAACAUCUAUAAAAA